UGCAAUUGGGAAUUGCAUAUUUAGAAGGGUGGAGAGGGUGUUUUGGACUUAAUUGGUUGAAUGGCAAUGGCAAAAGUUCAUCCUCAACUACUAUUUCCUUCUUCUUCUUCUUCUUCCACAAGCUACCACACAUCCAAACAAGAAACAUUUACAGUAUGGUUGAAGUCUCUGGUGCUGAAUGGCAAAGGCUGCACUGUUUUUGAUUCAAAUGGUAGAAUCGUAUAUCGCGUCGACAACUACAAUUGCAAGGCUAGCGAUGAAAUCUUUCUCAUGGAUCUAAAAGGCAAAGUUUUGUUCACCAUAUUAAGAAAGCAAUGGAAACUGUUGGGAUUCUGGGAGGGCUACCGGCCAUCGAUGAGCGGCGGCGGCGGAGAGGCUAGCAAGAGCAAGAAAAGGCCUGGUUUUCAAGUCAGAAAAACCUUGGUGGGUAUGUUUGGUGGAGGGGACUCAACAUGUAAGGUUACAGCAGAAGGAUUGGACAAGAAUCAACAGUCUCAUGACUUUAAGAUCCAAAGCUGGAGCAACAAUUCCAUAUGCAAGAUUGUGGACAAGUCAGGGGAUCUCAUUGCAGAGGUAAGAAGAAAGCAAUUGAGCUGUGGAAUUGUACUGGGUGAAGAUGUUUUGACAAUGGUGGUACAACCCCAUGUUGAUCACUCUCUCAUCAUGGCCAUUGUUAUUGUCUACAUGCAUGCUCUCAUGAAUUAAUGUAUUGAUUUCUUGUUUGUAUCAUGGGAAGCAAUAAAAUAUCUUGUUGCAU